AUGACGAGGCUGCGGCUGCUGUCGUGGCUGAAGCUGGACUGGCACACGGCCCGGCUGACGAUCAAGACGUCCAUACCGCCAGCCGUCCUCGUCUGCGCGAUCCAGUCCGACACAUGGAUCUCCUACUUUGGUCAGAACGCCUACCUCGCGCCCAUUGGCGCCGCCAGCGUCAUGGCCGGCUUCCCGCAGGGCAUGCUGAUUGACUUCAACGCGAGACAGACGCUGGGCUACGUCGUCGCGUACUGCUGGGCGCUGCUGGCUGGCUGGUGCGGCCUGCAGGCGAGAAGGCACACGUCGAGGACGCCAGAGGACCUGGCGGCGUACAAUGCCUCGGCCGAGGCCGUCGUGGCCAUCUUGCUGGCUUUCGGCAUGUGGUUUGCGUUUACGGUCAAGUCGGCAUUUCCCUCCUGGAACAUCCAGGCGUCCGUCUCCGCCAUCCUCGGAGUCGCCGUUAUACCUGCCCUGGCACGACUGCCCGCAAUGCACGACAUCACCGACCAAGCGACGAAAGCGUUUGUCACGUUUCUGGUUGGGCAGGCUGUGGGUCUUGUCAAUGCUCUGCUGCUUUUUCCGCAGACGUGCAGAGGUCUCUUCAAAAGAGAUGCCAUAUCGUGCCUCGAUGCGCUUUGUGCAAUUAUGCGUGCACACGAGAUAUGCAUCCAGGAUAUCGUAUCGGGGGCAAUACCCUCUCCCUCAGCUGAAACAACAGACAGUGAAUCAGUCGCAAAGCUAGAGGCUGCUCUGGAGCAACUGGGCAAUGAGGUCGCCAAGGCGAACGGUCACGUUGACCAUGCGGCGCGAGAGAUAUCGUGGGGCGCGUAUCACCAGUCAGAGCUUGACACUGUAUGCUCGCUGCUAGUGCAGCUUGUGCCGCCCGCUUCAGGAUUGAGCCUGGUGGCGGACAUGAUGCAGCGAGAAAAGGACGUCUUCAGCGUCAUUGGUCACCAGGAAGCGGCCAAUGGCGACCCCGAGGAUGCAAUCAGCCAGACGAACCAGCGGCCGGAUGACUGGCCCAACACAGAGUCGGAAAUGCAAGAGCAGCUGUGCAAGAUGAUGGAAGUGAUCUCUGCUGGCGCAGAGCACGCCAAGUUGCGACUUCGACAGAGUCAGAAAAGGACUUGGCUCGGCGCUACGAGCCAAAAGUCUGGCGACGAAGAGAGCAACGGAACCGCCAGGCCCGGCGGAUCGCGAUUCAUUGCGUAUUAUCAUGACAUGUUCAAGGAGGAUGGUGACAAGAACCUGGGUCGCAAGCAAGUGCUGCAUCGCUAUGUACAGCACCGUCCACGGGUCGGAACGAUAGGGCGCAUACCCACGGGCAAGCAUGCAGACACACUGCGGUAUUUCGCUCUCCUUCACUCCCAAACCAUCCUGGCCGCUUUAGGUCGCAAGCUCCUCAAGCUCCUUCUCUAUCUCGACGAUAUUCACGUACGCCCCAAACGGCUCGUGGUCCCCAACUAUCUCUCCUUGAGCUAUUGGGCCAGCUUCUUCAACUCAGCGACUCCAGAAAAUCCCCAGAAACGGAAUGAUGGCGCCAAGGUUGAGUUGGACCCUGUAUUUCACAAGCCGAGAAAUCCAGACCAUCUCCCUGCCGCCAACACUAUGGAGGCCGUGGGCGAUUACAUCCGAAAAAUUAGCUCCGUGCUUCGUACAGACCAUGCUGCAUACGGGCUUCGUGGUGUCUGCGCCGUCAUGACGAUUGCCAUUAUUGGAUUUCUUCACGACUCGCAAGAUUUUUAUUUUGCGCAGCGUCUUUUGUGGGCGCUCUUUGCCAUUCUGCUGUCCAUGGGCCGAACAUCGGGAUCCUCGACAUUCCUUCUCAUGUGUCGCUUGCUUGGAACCACAGCUUCCAUGGUGGCGAGCUAUAUCAUCUGGUACAUCGUUGACCAACACACACCAGGCGUCCUAGUCUUUAUGUGGCUUUGGUUCAUGGUCAUCAGUUUUCUCACGGUGCGAUUUCCCGCCCUGUUCAGCAUUUGGUUUGUGGCUCUCAUCGCCGCAAUUGUCAUGAUUGGUAUUGAGCUACAAACUGCACAAAUUGGUGAAGAAGUUGUCGAGCAGUCUGGCCAGGCUGUCUAUCCGCCUUAUGUCAUCUUCCCCUAUCGAUUAGCCGUCGUCUCUCUGGGUGUCAUUACUGGCUAUAUCUGGACAGUCUUUCCGUAUCCCAUAUCGGAGCACUCUGAGCUGCGAGAAAGCACUGCCCAAGUGUUAUAUGAGCUGUCGAGAUACUACAUGUGCAUCCAGCAGACAGUCUUCGCCCGUCUCCAUCGCGAUAUUGGCGAUGCCGACGACGCGUCGAGCCCGAGUUCGCGGCUACAAUCUGCUCUUCGUCGGCUCUUUCUCAAGUAUCGGGGAUUGAGUGCCAGCGCGAAGAGAUCAUUCCAAUUUCUAAAUUGGGAAUUUUCCCUCGGCGGUCGAUUUCCCAAAAAGUCAUACAGUGAGAUACUCUCGAUUCUCGAUCGCUCGGGAAGUUACAUGGCCCUCACGAGCUACCUGUCCAAAGAAUCCAAGUCCCCCGAUGUGAUUGCGGCUUGCUGGGCCGGGAGCGCAGUGGGAAUACCACAUAUUGACCUGACCCCUCAUGGCAUCGCAUCGCGAAUUAUCAUCUUGCACUCUGCGCUGGGAGAAGGCCAUCCACUUCCUCCCGGACUGCACCAGCUCGGAAUGUCGCACCUUCCCCAAAUUUCAGCGAGCAAUACCUCGAAAGACGACGAGUUUGCGAUAGCUGCGCUAAUUCACAACGUACAUUGGUAUUUCAUCCACGAUGUGAAUCGCUUAACUGAGUUGGUAAGGGAGGUGGUUGGUGAACUGCGAUUCUCCUUUAUAGAUGAUCUUGAGAGUUCUGCCGCAAACUCGACGAGAGCUCCUGCGACACCAGCGUCUACCUUGGAGGCGACCCGUACAUAA